CGCCACUUCUCCUGAAUCCGCCAGCACUGAUCAUUUUCUCCUUCUCCUUCUUUCCUCUCCUUCUUCAGAUCCCCAUCUCUCUCUGUCUCUCUCUCUCUCUCGAAGUUGUUUUCUCGUUGUACUUGUGAGUCUUUUGGUGGUGGAUGGCAAGAAGCAACAAGUACAGUUCCAUCAACUUCAACGACAUCUACGAGAAGAAGAUCUCAUCCUCCUCCACCCCCACCAAAAACCAGUCUUCCAAGCCUCCUCCUCCUUCUUCUUCUUACUCGUCUGCAACAUCGCCUCAUAAUGCCCUCACCAACGGUCCCUACAAAGCCCACCUCACCCAGGGUCGCAUGCUUGUCCUGACCCGACCCACACCCACGCCCACACCCGCACCCAAACCCAUCACCGCCCCGCCUCCUCCUCAGCCAACCCCAUCGCCUCUUCCUGCCCAGAACUGCUCCGAGCCGGAGCCGGAGCCAGACCCCAUCUCCCUUCGCCCACUUGGUCGAACCGGAACCGGCUCGGCGCUCCCUUGUCGGGUCCCGGUGCUGGACAGGGACAAGGAGGCCUUGUUCGCUGUGACGUCGCCGAAGCCGGACAAGUUCGUCCCGCCGCACCUUAGGCCCGGCUUUGCGGGGAAGGAGGAGAGGCCAGCACCGGGCGUCCGAGGAGAGCCGGUCCCGAGGCAGCAGGGGUAUUACGGAUCUCCCGGUCGGUAUGCAGAGGAUGGGCGGCCCAAAUCAGGCGGGUACGAGGGGAUGAAGGGAGGCGGCCAGGCGGAUCUGAACCGGACGAGCUCGUUUGGGAAUAGGCCGAGCUCGAGUGGAUGGUAAUGAUCCUUAACAUGAAGUGGAAGAAUUUCUUGUCAAGGAUCAAAUUGGAACUUUGCUGAAGCUGGAGAUGUAUUGUUCAUCCUGAUGCUCCUGGCUCAGUUAUCUCCAGAAAUGGCGUCGGUUCUCCAUACAACCCCCCAAAUUAGAUGGAGUUACACUGAAUCAUCUGACCAGUGCACCUCAUGACAAACAUUGUUCAGUACAUCAUAGAUUGAUGUGUAGGAAAAAAUGCUCGAGACUCCAAGUCUCCAUCUCACUCCUCUGUGGGCUCUGUUUAGUGUUUACAUGAUGACACGGACAAAGGUGCAAAUGAAUUAUAGAAUUUGCUUUGCUGUUUAAUAUGUUACUUAAAAUAAGGCAAGCCGGCAUGUCUGGAACCUUAUUUAUGAAUAUGUUCAGCUAUGGUUGUACUCAAAGCUACUGUUCUGUUCGCAGUGGUAUUACUCUUCGUGUUUCAUCUUGUUGAAGUAUUUAUACCAAUACAAUACAUGUUCAACUGUGUGCCAUAGGUUGAGAA